ACAUACAUACAUAAUAUAUAUAUAUAUAUCUUCCCCUAACAAAUCUCAAAUCUCUUUAUGAACAUAACAAAAAUGAACCCUUCAAACACUACACAAGUUCCAUCAUUCUUAACCUUAUUUUUCGCAAUUUUCUUCGUCGUCGUCGCGGCGCAAUCUUUGUCCGAGAAUUGCAUCGGGUCAUCUUGGAAUGACCCGAGUCGCGGGGAUGGCAAUUGGGGCGGAUUUUUGAAAAACACCACUUGUGCAUCGCCAUUUGAACGUUAUUUAUAUGCGCUCGCAAGAAAAGCAAAUCAAACCGAAGAAAUUUUCCCCAGUAGUCGAGAGCAAGAGGAGUGUUUGAGUAGAAUAGAAGAUGGAUUCGGGUGCGGCAUUGAGAGGUUGAGUAAUGGUCAGGAUGGAUGUUCGAAUUAUACGGUUAGGGAUGUCGAGGAUAAACUUGGAGGCGAGUUGCGAGAAUUGGACAAAAGUUGUAAGAAUUUGGGGCCGGAUAGCGAGUGUGGCGAGUGUGUCACGGCGUGGGAGAAGAUUUGGCGAUCGGGUAAUGAAGGAAAUAAAUUGUGCACGUUUGCGGUGCUCGUUUUGUUAAUGAGUCGAAGAGUUGAAGAUACCAGAUGGAUACAGAAAUUAUAUGAUUGUCUUCGAAUAUCUGUUAAUCAUAGUGAGAAAAAACACGGAAAGAAGCCGGCACUCGUUACAGGCCUUGAAGCACUGCUCGGCACUGUAGGCGGAAUAUUGCUAAUAUCAGCGAUCAUAUGCCUACUUCUGUUCCAAAAACGACCCCGUAUCCGAACCCGAGCUCGAAAAACUCCACCUAAAGAAGUUGAACCAUGCUACGACCCUUUUUCCCAAAACUCCGGCGCCAUAAACGUCAUCUCGCUAAAAGAAGUUUAUCUCGCCACGGACAACCUCAGCGCAUCGAACUUCAUCGGCCAGGGCGUCGCAGGGAAAGUAUACAAAGGCGUUUUGUCGAACGGGCAGCGAGUCGCAGUGAAGCGCAUCGUCAACGACGGCCACAUUGAGACGUUCGUUAGAGAAGUGACCAAUCUAUCGCGCGUCAAGCACCCGAACUUGGUUGAGUUAAUAGGCCAUUGCGACGGGCGCGAAGAGAGCUUUCUAGUCUACGAACUCUGCGACAACGGGAACCUAUCGGAGUGGCUAUUCGGUAAAGACAAGUUUCUAACAUGGAUUCAAAGACUUACGAUAGCUAUCGACUGCGCCAAGGCCCUAUGCUUUCUUCAUACAUAUCUAGACGGUUGCAUUGUUCAUCGGGACAUUAAGCCGACAAACAUCCUUCUUCGCGAUGGGUUUCAAGCGAAGCUAUCUGAUUUCGGGCUAUCCAAAGCGAUCAACAAGGAGCUUUCUUAUGUGAGCUCGGAAGUUCGAGGAACAUUUGGCUACGUCGAUCCCGAGUACCAAAAGAAUCACCAUGUUCAUUCUUCGUCGGAUGUCUAUAGUUUCGGCGUAGUUCUACUACAGCUUCUAUCAGGACAGAGGAUUAUCAAUCUAGAAGUCGCGACACCUAUGACUUUAAGUAAAAUGGCUAAAAAUGUAAGAAAGAGCGGAGAUAUAUUGGAAUUCGUGGAUCCAAAGCUAAACGGAGAGUAUUCGAGGGAGGCUUUUCUAAUGAUAUUGAAGCUAGCUUUGUGUUGCACGGGGCCUAAGCAGCAUCGCCCGUCUAUGGACAAAGUUGCUGCCGUGCUACACAAGGCUUGCCGUAUAUCAGAGGAAGACGAGUUCCUUACCCCAUCAUUUCAGUCGGCAUAA